UAGUGAUGGGGUGGGGUGGAGUGCGGGGGCCCUGUAAUGGUCUCUUGUCCCCGGGCCCCUGCAAGUCUGUUGACAGCCUUGCUUGUAAGUUAAUUUUAUUGCGGACACCGCGUUUCGGGGUCAUCAACAUGUUUUGCCCCCCGCCACAAAAGUCAAACUUCUCCUAUGGUUAAUUUCGCUUCCAAACAUUUACUUUGCAAGUGAUUUAAUACAUAUUUUUGGAACGUGGAGGAAGCCACAGUAACUGGGGAAAACCCAUGCGAGAACAUGCCAACUCCUCAAAGGAACAAUUUUAAUCACCACUGAUGCGCUCGCGCUAACGUCUGCGCAUGCGCCAAGUUGAUAACUGUUGACCACCAGGUGUUGUAGGUGUCACAGUCGUGAGGCUAUCGACGUAAAUAUCUCCGUGUGAAAUUGUACCUUCUAUUCAUGCCCGAGGAGCUACAGUUCGAAGUUGGAAUCCACUGAUUGACGUCUGUAUUUGUUCGUUGUUAUGGUUGUUUUUUUCCACUAAAGUGGACGCUAUUUUUAGCGAGUGUGUCGAUCGAAUUUCCAAGCACAAUGCUAUCGAGCUACGUGAAGCGGGUCAAGACAGCUCUGAAACGGUCAUUUGAAGUGGAGGAGACAGAUUCAUCCACGCACCCCUCGCCUCUAUCCCGUCGGAUCAAUAACCCCCUCCGCUCGUCGCUUUCCUCAACUUCCAGCCAGAGGAGUUAUGACCUGAGCUCCCGCAACUCUGACUACUACUCUGCCAAAUCGUCCCCCUCUGACUCCUCCAAUCCACGUUCCCCCAAAACCGGUAUGAGGCGCAUUGAGUUGCCAGGGAGCCGCAACCCCGACGCGGUAUCUUCACGCCGCACGGAAAUCUCCAUUGAAGUCUCGUCAAAGCAGAUUGAUAACUCGCCCAGUGCCGGCAUCACCCGCUUUGGCCUUAAGCGACCUGAGGUGAGCCUGGGCAGUCGGAGCACCCCGCCUGACGGUGCCUCCAAUCCCAUCUCCAACUCCACAAGCAGGAGGGUAGAACUUGGCAUGGGACGGCCGAGUGAGCCGCCUGCACCUCCCAGGAGGAUGGAUGCUCAGCUAUCAUCCACGCCUGUCUCUCGGAUCCCUGAGCCACCUCAGAGAAGAGCCGAUCUCCCGUCGGUCGAAGUGGCCCGAAGGCCGGAGAUUCCCAGCUUUAGACAAGCAGAUGGUUUCGUGCCAGGCGCAGCAGUGGAGAACAACAACCACCUGCCACCUCCAGCAUCCAAUGCACCUCUGCCCUGCCUAGCUGACAGCAGAUUGGAGUGGGAGUCACCCACUGUCAUAGAGACCCCAACGGUUCAAUCCACAGAACGGUCGGAGUUGAUUUCUAGCUACAGUAACAGUGCCAUGGCCGACACGGCGGUCCCUGACGCUACGGUGUCGUACGGCGACAGACCUACGGCCCCAGUGGUGGACUUCAGUUAUGUGGGCAUUGAUGCCAUCUUGGAACAGAUGAGGAGAAAGGCCAUGAAGCAAGGAUUUGAGCUUAACAUCAUGGUUGUAGGACAGAGUGGCCUGGGCAAAUCCACUCUGAUGAACACAUUGUUUAAAUCAAAAGUCAGUCGCAAGUCUGUGACGGCCACUGCUCAAGAAAAGAUCCCCAAGACAAUUGAAAUUAAAUCUAUAAGUCACGAUAUCGAGGAGAAGGGAGUGAGAAUGAAGCUGACUGUUAUCGACACACCUGGCUUUGGAGACCAGAUAAACAAUGAGAACUGCUGGCAGCCCAUCAUGAAAUUUAUUAACGACCAAUACGAGGCGUAUCUGCAGGAGGAGAUAAACAUUAACAGGAAGAAGAGGAUCCCGGACUCUAGAGUCCAUUGCUGCAUAUAUUUCAUCCCACCUACUGGACACUGUCUGCGGCCUCUUGAUGUGGAGUUCAUGAGGCGUCUGAGUAAGGUCGUCAAUAUAGUUCCAGUUAUUGCUAAAGCGGAUACGCUCACCCUAGAGGAGAGGGACUUCUUUAAAAAGAAGAUUAGGGAAGAGCUGCGAGCCAACGGGAUUGACAUAUACCCCCAGAAAGAGUUCGACGAGGAUACCGAGGACAGAAUGAUCAACGAGAAGAUCAGGGAAAUGAUCCCAUUUGCUGUUGUGGGCAGCGAUCAGGAGUACCAGGUCAAUGGCAGGAGAUUGCUGGGGAGAAAAACCAAGUGGGGAACAAUUGAAGUUGAAAACAUAGCCCACUGUGAAUUUGCCUUUUUACGGGAUCUUCUUAUCAGAACCCAUAUGCAGAACAUAAAGGACAUCACCAGCAGCAUCCACUACGAAAUGUACCGCGUGAGGCGCCUUAAUGAGAACAACACGGCGGCGCCUCAAGCCAACGGCGUGCCUGAACAUCAUUUAACUGCCCACGAGAUGUAGAAACCACCUGGUCCUCAACCCCCUUAUUUGUACAAACUUUGGCCCACCCUAUACUGGUGGAUUCGAAACAAACAAGCCUGAGAAUUAGAGGCGGUUGUGUCCUUUCUAUGACUUUCUCAAUGUCCUGGAUGACAAGAGUGAAGAAAUGUCUCGAUUCUUCCCACAGUCCCUGCAGGUUUAACCAACAUGUGGCCUCACUCCAGGUGCCAAACAGGAACUGACAUCCCACUAUAUUCCAUGUUUUUAUCUUGUUCACAUUUUAUGCUUUCUCCAGUUUGUUUGGAUGCUUUUUGCAGCGCUUCUUAGAGUUUACCAGUUCCCCAUGGUCAUGCACCGCCUGCAAAUCUGUGUGUGGACAGCACCGUGUGAAUGUGUGUGGCAGGGUUCAGUGCACAAAAAACGGUCACGGAGAAGGGUUAAAAAAUGGCACAUACAGUAACUCUCACUUAGCAACAAGGUGUUUCUGCUUGGGUCACAUGUACAUAACAUCAGGACCUUGGUGUAUUUCUCAUUUUAGUAAUACCUGCCACUGUUUUUAUUCAAAGAGUGAUUUAAUGAGUUGGUAUUUAUGCACCAUAUCAAAUGUGAAUAUUGCUUGUCCAUUUCUUCACCUAAUUUCCAAGACAAUCUUCUAAGGCUAACUCAAUGGUGCCCUAUUUAUUGGCGAAUGUUGUGGAAGCCGCGUUCCCUAUGUUUAAACAUUUUUCCAUUAUCUCCCAUUGUUUAUAAGGAUACAAAGCCCAUUUUAUUGGAUUUACCAGCAAGUAUGCCUGUUUGUCUUGUUUAAAUCCAAAAGCUGCCAUAUUCUUGUGUAUUCUUUUGUUUGCUUCUUUUGUACUUUUUAUUAUUGAUAAUAACAAAAUGGCCUUUAUCUUAUUUUAAGAAAUAAAGAUUGUUGUUGUAAA